CGGGGCUUAGAAACUUUUUGGCUGCUGUACAGUACAGCACGUUCACUCGGGUUCUGGGCGUGGCUAAACAGUGUAGAGCAGCCCGUAGUGGGCGUGCUUUACCGAUUUUACGAGCCGAUAAACAGAGUCAGAAAGACGCUUGGAUGUGAUGCGGUGCUGUAAAAACUGCUGCAGUGUGUCGUAUUUAAUGCCGGUUGGAACCUGUAGUCCAGUUAACAUGAACUCAGGAGGAGAACUCCAGCCGUCGCGGUGUCAAGUGGACUUGAAGACUUAACGAAAGAAAGUGAGAAUAUGCUGAGCGACUUCAGUUCAACCGGAGCACCACUCACAACGUGAGGCAUGUCGGUUUGAACUAUGUGCUGAAGAUAAGAUAAAGCAGCCCGGUUUCUUCUGAACUGGCUUUCAGCUGAUUUCUCUUUAACCGGUCUGCUUGCGAAAGGCACCUGUAAGAAACACCUAUCUGUCAGAGGACUUUUCUCUCCCGGACUAGUUUAUCAGGAAUUGGGAUAAUGAUGGAGACGCUCACGGAUGUUUUACUAGUCACUGCAAAUGUUGGCUCGUUAUUUGACAAUCUGGGCGAAAUCCAGAAUGACUGGCUGCGAGAGUUCUUCACAACUGUGGGCACACACAAGCCCCGCUUCGUCGCCCUGCACUUCCAGGAGGUCGGGGGGAAGGACUACAAGGCCAACAUGGCUCACGCUGAAAACUUCUUCUGGACCAUCGAGUCCAGCUCGGAGAUGUCCGAGUUUGACCGAGCGUGCGUCUACAUAGACAGCGACUUCAAGACCGAAGACAACUUCACGGCCCUCGGGAGCAUGUACUUCAUGCACAAAUCUCUGGCGAACAUCCAGCAAUACGAUUUCAGUGCAAAGGAGUUCAGAUCGGUGUCGGGACGCAACAAGUACGCGGGUUCGCUAUAUGGCAUCACGACGGUGGAGAAGGAGAAAUUCCAGAGGAACUUUUGGCCAGAUAGAAAGUGGUCAAGAAAAGGAUACAUGAGGACACGCUGGAUGAUUCACAACCAGGGCCUGGACUUGGUAAACGUGCACCUUUUUCACGACGCUUCAAACCUCAUAGCCUGCAAAUCCAGUCCCUCGGUGUACUCCACAUAUCGGCAGAAAGCCCUCCGAUACGUCAUCAGCAGGAUAUCCGAUGACUUCGUCCCACUGCCGUUUUUCCUGUUUGGAGAUUUUAACUUCCGCCUCGAUACACUAAGUCUAGUACAGGACCUCUCGACUUCUGCGGAAGUACAGAUGGUGAUGAAGGACAGCACUAACGAAGUGGAGAAAAUCAUCUACGAGGACAAAGGCAAUGACCACAAGCAGGUGCUAUUUCAAAUAGAGACUAAGCGCUUUUUAUACCUGCACCACAAACUCUUCAGAGAGGACACUGGACGAGAGCUCCUGGAGUACGACCGGGAGACCGCGGCCUUCCAGGACAUCAUCACAGAAGAAGAGAUUCUGUUUCUUCCCAGUUACCCGUACAGUGAAGACUACACUAAACCCACACAGUACAUGAACACGCGGUGUCCAUCCUGGUGCGAUCGCAUUCUCAUGUCCCACAACGCACGGGACGUCAUCUACAGGGGAAACGAGGGAGACCGUAACAUUCUAUACAACAUCCUGGGCCCGAAGGUCUGCAUGGGAGACCACAAGCCUGUCUUCUUGUUCUUUGCACUGAAAUCCAAUGUCUAGUGACUUGGAAUAUGGAGCCAUUACACGGUUUGCUGGUGUGCGUCCAUGAAGAAGAAGACGACGAAGAAGAGGGUUUAAGGACGGCUUUUCUUCUACUACAGUAACUCACAACCUGUGUAGACCUCAAACCGCACACAAGAAGGGGGCAUAUUUCUUAAAGAGAAUGAAGCAAACAAACUCUUGUACAAAUUCUACAGUUUUACAGUUCUCGAGACUUUUUUUUCCCCCACCUCUUAGUUUUAGAUAUUCUCACCUGUCUUAUGACUCAAACCUACAGUCUGGGGAAGCAUGCUAAUCCACUAGAUUUUUUAUUUUAUUUUAUUUUUUGUUGUUGUUGAAACUUUAUAUUACUAGCGUGCUCGAAAGACACAUUGCACAAGCUGCUCAGUCGACAUUCACCCACAAACAUUAUGAUUUUAAUUAUACGUUAUUCUUUUAAGCCUUUAAACCUGUAUGUAGUCUGCGUUCGGCGUUGCUGACGCUUUCGCUGUGGCCCACGAGCUUUUCCGUAUCCCAGCGGUGCUGUAAGUCAGAGAUCCUCAGAUCAAUAGAAUAUGUACGCGGCGACCGCCGGGGGCCAAUUCGAAAGCCAUCAGCGCUGUGUGAAAUAUGGAAAUCCUUCUCCAAGCAGCGAAGCCCGACAAGACUUUUAAUUACAGCUUCGGGUUUCAGCCACAACCGCUCACAUACAACACCACCCGAUAAAGCUUAAGGUUCAUUCCGUAAUGUUCUUUUUUUUUUCCUUCUCUUUCAGUUGUUGAGGGGUGUAGUCAGGUAGAAAAACAAAUGAGAACGUUUUUAUUACUGUGAGGAGACCUUAGUCGUCUUUUUAGCCAAGUUUAACAAACCAAGUUCAGUACCGAAUCUGGUAUCGCGUCAUCGUCAUGCUGCUAUAAUGACUCCCAGCAUGCGUAUACUGAUUUCCUUUCUAUACUUAACGUUCUAUUAUUACUAAUCUGGUGGCAAGGCAAGCUAUGUAUCCAGCGGUGUCGUGUAUAUUCCUUUAAAGAAACACACCCAUGUAACAUAUCUUUAACUGUGUUAGAUUGAUCUGUGAACAGUUUUGCAUUUAUUCCUUUGUGUUUGAUUUGUUUUUUUUUGCUUUUAUAUUGUGGGGUUUAUCCUGAUAAUUGCGCAGCUGGGGGUUUUGAUGAGUUUUAACUAAGACUCCAUUCGAAGAUAUUGUAAUUAUAAUUUUUUUUUAGUGGCCUAAUCACACAACGAGUCCCAUCACGGAUCAUUAAGCUCGCCGGGUAAAGACGACACACGUGGUCGGAUGUCACACAGCGGACGUUUUUAGAUUUCAAAAACCGAUUUGGUUCACUAAUUGUCAAUAUUCAUUAACCGCCGUUUAAGCAUGCACAAGAAGAAGAAGAAGAAGAAAUGAUACAGAUAUGACAAGCAGGCCAUUAUUUCAAUCCGACUAGGAUUCGAUCUAUCCGUGCAAUCUAAAUAACACCCCUCCCGAACCGGCUCGAUAACUUACGUGCGAGGGUUAAAUUGCACGGCCCAUUUGUCAAUAAUGGACUUGUUGGAGUUGAUCCAUGAUGGUGCUCGAGAUAAUGCAUUGCUCUCGAGAGCUUUGCUCCAAGCUGAAGUUCAAUACGAGGCUGUGAUGUUGCUCAAUGAGCAGCACUGAUGUUCUUUUGGCAUUUGUGAUUUUAUAACGAGAUCGAAACACUACUUUUUUUUUUUUUUUUUUUUUUUUCUUUUCCAAAAGAGUAAUUUAUAUCUUUUGUAUGUUGUAAGGGGCACUGAUCGUAGCUGGGAGUCUCUUUGGGCUCACGUAGCCGCUAAUGUUUGCACUUAUCGGGGAUGUGUCUUAUAUGUCAUGCACAGAGUUGAUUUAGGACCACUAAGAAUUUUAUUGCAUUUAAAGAAUCGUUUUUAGAAAGUUUGUCUAAAACAUGUCAUUAUUUGAAUUGGGGAUUUGAUCAUCCACAGGUUUGUUUAUAUAUAUAUAUAUAUAUAUAUAUAUAUAUAUAUAUAUAUAUAUAUAUAUAUAUAUAUAUAUAUAUAUAUAUAUAUAUAUAUAUAUGGUGAUACAAAAAUGUCAUGUUAUGCCUUACUGGUGUGUGAUGCAUCCCUUGACGUAUAGGAUUUUAAAGCCUUUUUGUUAAAAUACCAGGUGAAAAUGAUUUUAAAAAAAAACAACAACAUUUUUUUGAUCAAGUCCAAGUCAAACUGUGUAAUACCUUCACUGCCGCUAAAUGAUAUUGAGCUGUAGUUAUUACAUCUUGAAAAUUUCGUAGUGUUCCACUUGUAAUGGGAAUUUCAUAACCUCCACUAAUCCCCCUGUAAGACGGUUUAACUGUUAACUCUACGCGAGCCGUCUAAAGCUAUAACCACACACACGGCUUUGCUCCAAAACAAACGAGCACUUAACACCCUCGAGGUGAAACGGGUCCAAGUGAUUUUAUUUUGUUUUAUUUGUUCAGACAGACAGAUGAGGGCAGCUUGUCCGGCUCAUCGGCAUGUCAAAGAAGAAAGCCAGUUAAAUCCUUCCUUGUUGUAGUCAUUAACGCGCUCGAGGAGAUUAACGGCGCUGUGAUUCCGACAGGUUUCGGGUUUCUGCUGAUCGCCAAGGGGGAAAGUAGUCAAUAGAGGGACGGCGCUCGGAAAAGUCUCACCUUAGCAAUUAUAUUAAUUCCUGAAAAUAAUCAACUAAAUCGACCUAAUGCAUUAUAUAAGAGUAUCUUGUUAUACCAAGCUUAAAUGCUGUUCAUGACACAAGCACCAAUAUAAAGUAUAAAUAUCUCACUUUUGUUUUCCUUUUUGAAUUUCCUGUUAUGUUUAUCUGGAAAAAAUAAAUAAAUCAGGAAGCGGUUAUUAGACUGCGUUUGUACCUCUUAAGCGGCUGAAUGUCGAGGUGGACGUUGGUAUUAAACCCUCACACGAAUGUUUCAUUUUCAAAUGGUAUGUUAACCUAAACUGUACGUCUCAAUUCCCCAUAAAGUGAAUCUAUAAAUCCUGA